CAAUUAGGAUAACGACACGUUCAUUGCGAAACCUGCCUUGUCCGCCAAGGCGGCUUCGGCGGAGGACAUGGCGGCGGCGGCGGCUUCGGCGGCGGCGGUUUCGGCGGAGGACAUGGUGGUGGCGGCUUCGGCGGUGGUGGUUUCGGUGGAGGCCAUGGUGGCGGUGGAGGAGGUGGUGCCAACCUUCAGGCAGUUCCCGUCCACGAGGAGACCAAGACACACUCAUCCGGAGGCGGCGGAGGCCACGGCGGAGGCUUCGGUGGCGGACACGGCGGCGGCGGUGGAGGUGCGCAGGUUCACAGCGUCGAGGUCGUCAAGGUCGCCGAAGGAGGCAGUGGUGGCGGUGGAUUCGGAGGCGGCUACGGCGGAGGCGGUGGCGGCGGCCACGGAGGACACGGUGGAUGGCAAUAAAAGGAUUUUCUCAAACCCAUUCUGUGAUCCAGCCACCGCUGCAGUCGUCGCAGCAAACACUGCGAGGCUGCCUCCCUCAAAGCAAGCAGACCAGUGCACCGAGAGCACACCCACCACGGUUCAGCGCAAGAACGCCCUCGAACGAAGCUCGCACGGGAAGGCACAAGGGCCAUGCUCUCCGAGAUCGUGUAAUAUAUUGUUGACAUCGCGCGCCCGCGGCUGCCCGCGGGACCAUUCGUGGCCCCGCUCACCGUGACUGUUAAUAAAAUCAUUUGUACAUAUUGUAAAAAGACAAAA